GGGGCUUCUCGGAGGAGCAGUUUGGGGCCGCCUGCCGGGAGCUGGACCAGCCGGCGCCGGCCGCGGCGGGGCCCUGGCAGCUCCUGGUGGAGACCAUGGGCGUGCGGAUCUACCGGCUGUACCACGAGCCGCGGGUUCCCCGCACAGGCCUGGGCUCGGUUUCUUCAGGCUCGCAGAAAGCAGCUUUCCUGGUAAUGCCAUUAAGUGCUGAUGGGAAAGCUGCUGGGCCGCAGUGACCCCGCGGAACCGAGCUUGUGAGCAGCUGGGCGGGGAAUUGCCGGGUGUUCGAUGUGCCACCCUCCCGAGCCCCUCGGAGGGGGUUUGUGGUCACGGUGUCCCUGAACAUCUGCUCCCGAGCCCCGCCCGUGUCAGAGCAUCCUCUCUCCAGGAGCCCUCCCCUUCCUCCCUGCCUCCAGAACUCCCUUCAUUGAUUCUCCACCCUUUGCCCUCUAAAAUCAGGAGGUAGUUCAGAAAGGGUUGGAAUUAAAUUCUUCCCUUUUUGGGUGACUAACUUCUUUAAAGAACUUCCGUAGUUUAGGAACUGAUGUGUGAUUGACAGUGUUUCCAUUUUGACACAGAUUGAUUAUUCAAUACUGACUUCUAAAUCCGUAUAUAAAUACCCUGUUUUUUUAACUGAGUGAUCAUAGUUUCCUCUCAGCUCCUUCUGGACUUCAUGCUGUUCUUUGCAUGACAAUUUUGUGUUUGUAUUCUGAGAAGUCAUUUCAGACAUGGUGAUGUUGGAAAAAACCAGCAAGCAUAGAGGGCUGUGCUAAAGUCACAAUGGGGUGGGGAAGGACUCUUUAAAGAACCAUCACUUCACAGACCUUGGAAUUUUCUUUAGUGAAAAUAAACAUCACUGUUUCCAGUGUGGAUGUGGUGACUGGCAAUGGCAAGAUGAGCUCAUCAGUGGGUGCACACAGCCUGGGUGAGGCUGGGGUGCCUGCCAGGUAUCCAUGCGAGAAUCAGUGAGUUGAUGCAGUUCAGGGUGCUGGGGGUGUUCCUGCAGGAGUGGAUGAAGUAGAGGCUUUAGGAUCAGAGCUCAACCCAGACCUGUAAAUGCAUUAUGCAGUGCAUGAAGGCAAAGGAACUUUGGGAAGCUGGAGGCUGGAUUUAGCCAGGCACAUGGGAUCAGGGAAGCCAUGGUUUAUUGCAGUGGCUGUGCUGCUGUUGUAUGAACGAAGCUGGUGAGAUGGAAAGUAUCUCAGGCUUCUCUUCCUCAUCCUCUUGUGCUUUUAUACAGAAGGACUGUAGAGCUAAAGAACUAUUUGAAACAAAAAAAUACUAUUUACAGGUGUCUGUCAUUUUUAAUGUAGUGUGCCCCUAGAUUGGGCUGGAUGAACAGACUACAUAGGAUGCAAGGGACCUUUUCAAGUCCAAUCUUAUGACUCUUCUGGGAAAUAAAUCUCCUGUUUUAUCUUUCAGUUGCUUCAGAUUGCUGCAAGAGAAGAUGAAGUCUAGAAGUAGGGUCUUUGUUUAAAGUUGUUACUGGAAAAAUUAGCUUUUGGCACUUGCUGAACUGCAGCUCCCCUGUAGCAACAGUAGUCCAGGAAGCUGAAAGCAGCAAUUAUUCUUCCUGUUGCCUUCUCUUUUUGCCUUGCCUUUCCACCUUCUCUGCAGGCUGCAGAAAUAGAUCUGGGCCUUCCUGUUCAGUGCUGCUUUCCAGCCAAGCUGAUUGACUCUCCUGAUGACACAUCUCAGAAAAACAAACAUGUCACUCUUAUUUUUAACUUUCUUACUGUAAAAUGCUGUUUUUCUCGUGAGAAUAAAAAUGUUGAUGCCUCUUAGAAAGAUGAUGAGUGCAUGGGGUUACACAGAUGCUGAAUAGUUCAGGUUUGAAGCUAGUGAUUGGUCCUUCAGUGAAGCCAAAAUGAAGAUGAGUAGCUUAAGCUUCUUGCUCACAUUACUGUUUUCUGGUACUUCAAAUCCUCAUCUUCUGGAGUUGAUUUGUGAAGCAAUCAGGACUUUAUGAAUAUAAAAUCUUUGGUGGUCUUGCUGACGUUCCCCCAAAAUUGUGUGCAGAUGUCUACAUGGACUUGGAUUUCAGAAAAGAGUGGGAUCAGUAUGUUAAAGAACUGUAUGAGGAAACAUAUGAUGGUGAAAAAGUAAUCUACUGGGAAGUGAAGUACCCUUUUCCUCUCUCAAACAGAGAUUAUGUGUAUAUCCGGGAAUGCCGGGAGAUGGAUGUGCAUGGCAGGAAGAUCUGGGUUGUGUUAGCAAAAAGUGUGGCUGUUCCUCAGUGCCCUGAGAAGCCUGGUAUUAUCAGAGUGAAGAGCUAUAAACAAAGCCUGGUAAUUGAAAGUGAUGGCAAGGCUGGAUGUAAAGUCUAUAUGUACUAUUUUGAUAAUCCUGGUGGCAUGAUUCCAACCUGGCUGGUCAACUGGGCUGCCAAGAGUGGUGUGCCUGCUUUCUUGAAGGAUAUACAAAAAGCUUGCCUUAAUUAUUCUAAGAGUACAAAUUUAUCUUAAUCAUUUAAUUCCUAGAUCUCUUACAUGAGCAGAUGUUAUAUAUCACACUGGAUAAAGUCUACCUCUAAUAUUGGAAAGAAUGAAAGAAUUUUAUUUUAGUUGAUUUAUGCCUUGAGUUUUAUUAGAUUUUUUUCUACUGAAGAGCUGGCAAAGUAGCACCAAUAUCAGCUGCAGCUUUUGAAAGUACUCAAGUUUAGCCUUGUUCCCCAUGCUUUGCUUAUGCUGGUUGUCAGGUGUCAGCUAGAGGAGUUCUGUGCUGGGUAUGUUACAUCUUUGCAAAAGAGACAACAAUCUUCCUAGAAAAAUAUCUGAACUUGCACUGCAGAUUAUCUGCAUGUGUUAUGCCUGGAUUUGCUUUUGCUACCCAAGUUUGACAUUCUUAAACUCUCUGCCUGAUAUAAACCUGAAAAAUGCUGAGGGAUGAGGUAAAUUACUCGAAAUGUGCAGUAGGAAGUCUGUGAUGCUAAGGUCCCUUAAAUCCAGAUGUAAAAAGAUCAAGCCUAAAGCCUUGCAUUCACAGCUCUAUACUUCUGUAUGAAAUGUAAAAACCUUUAGCUGUGUCCAGCUAGAAGAAAAAGGAGCUGCAAAAUACUUCUUGCAUGUCUGAUUUAAGGGGAACAAGUUUUAUCUUCAGAGUCAGUAAUCUUACCUAUAAAGCAGCUUGGAUACCAACUUGAAACUGGAGGUAAUUUUAAACCAGGUGCCUGCCACCGAAUGUGGAUGAGCUUGGUGUGGAACUUGGGCUUGCUUGCAUUUUUAAAUUUCAUGCUGAUAUAAAGACUGGAUAUAAAAGCUUAACUGAGCAGGAAAUUAAAUUUCCAGCACCUUUUCUGGGGGGGUGGGGGGGUGGGGAGGAGGGACAGGGAGUGCAUAAAAGAAUGAGAGAACAUAAUUCUCAGGGAUUUAAAAUAUUCAACAUUUUUCCUAAAUCUAAUUCUGUUUCUGAAUAAGUCUGGUAAUGGAGUAGGUUUGUGUUGUUAAAAAACAAACAAUUGAAAUGACGCCUUUACACCUUGUGUGAAUAUUUCCAAUAAAUCAUUAUUUUG